CCGUCACACUACGUCAAUGUUUAUGAAGUAAGAAGAAGGAAUGAGAAGUAGUCAAAAAAGGAAAGAGAGAGUUGGUUGUGCCGUGGUGGUUUUGGUGGCUGAGACGACGGCAAUUUAUAGAAGCAAACUCUCCGGCAUCUUGUGGGUAUAUCCACAUUUUUAUAAUUUUAAUUUAGCUUCCUUCACUUUCUUGAAAUUUUCUAUUUGCUCUUCUGGAUAUGGUGUAUUGAUGGGUCUACAUAUCAAUUUAUUGUUUUGUAUAGUUAUUACUAUAUUUCCCGUUACAUCUACUGAAUUUUUCGCCGUUUCUAUAGAUUAAUCAAAGUCGACUUUGUUAAUAAAAUGUCAACUAAGUUUCAAAAAAAAAAUGUCAACCAUUUUCGUCUAAGAAAAUAAUUUUGAAAGUAAUUUUUUAAACGUUUCCUUUUAAUUUAAGUCUUGGAUUUGUCAAUAAAAUGUCGACAGCCAGUUUUGCCUAAGGAACACUACAGAAAGUAAAGUUAAAUUUUAAAAAAAAAUAUAUAAAUCCUAUUAAAGUCUAAUAUAUCUAAUAUCUAUUAUAUAUUAAAAAAGAAACAUUGUUAUUUUUCACACUAUACUGGAUACGUGGUAGUAUCAUAAUUGUAAACUUCAUCAUCAAACAUUAGGAAUAAUAGCAAUUGUUUUUUAACAUUGAUAUUUGAGUAUAUAAGAUUUUUACAUACACUUUUUUCGACUGUCCAUAUUGUUUGGACCAAGUUUCUACUCAGACAAAUAGUUACUCAGAAGAAUUUUUAUGUGUGACCAUGCUGGUCUAGAUGAGAAUAAAUAAUGCCUUUGGUUUUCGCCAUCUUCGUGAGAGAGUCUUUACGAAGUUAACAUUCUUUCUGUUGCAAUAAUCAACAUUAAUAAUAUAAUCUCAGCUUUUUGCUUUUCUCCGAGAUAGAUAGGCCUGUUACAAUAAACGUCCCUCUUUAUUUUAUGGUAUCCAGUUUUAUAUCAUCACGUCAGUCUUGGUCGUAUCCUCAGGCUUCAUGCUCGAUCUCCAGCAUCCACUCGUGCAUCAAACACACAUACCAGUUAUCAAUCUUGGUGUUUAAAACUAUCAUCUAGAAGGAAGACAGAGGCAGAUUGUUUUGAUAAUGAAACAGGCUACGAACGAAUAUUAGGUCAAAUUAACGUGAAUACUGAAUGCGAUUUUUUAAAACAAAAAUAGGGACUUGAGGAUAAACUUUUGUGAAACAAUUCGUGGUAGCAUUAAUUUUAACUCGAAUAAUCAUCAGAAUUCUACAGAAGUAAUCCUUUUCAGAUAAAUAACAAAUUGUUAUUGACAACGCUCAUGAAUUAUGCUGAAAGAAAGAGAAAAAUUGUGAGAAUAGUUGUGGUACUAGCCGGCCGUCCAAUGAGUAUCUUGUAUUAUAGUAUGGAUGGGUAUAGUAGUGGCUUGGGAAAUUAAUUUUAUCAAACUAAGUUCGUUUUGUUUGACAGCAAAUAGGCUUAUAAAGAAAUAACAAGAGAUAGUAUAUGCUUAAUGUGUUGUCAAAACUAUAAACAAGAAUAUACCCAGUAAAUGAUUCUGCGCUCAUAUUCGCGUUCUAUAAACUCCCCAACAUUUCUGCACUCAAAACAUCUCUUCAGUCUCCUUCAUGCAAGCUAACGACAAGGUUAGGAUAUAGAAUUGUAUGGGAAUCAACUUACGAUUUAUAAACGACAACAUUUUGGCGUAUGUAAUCUAAUGUUUAGAUAUUUAAAAUAUUGUUUCAUUAUUGAACACAUUCGUUUCUUUAAUGUCUUUCUUUUAGACGUGAAGCCAAGAAUCAUACUAGUUUUUGUUCUCUUACCCAACAGGGGGGAUCAGAAUGUCUCCACGUUAAUAUUGUACGAAGUAUAUCAAUACAAAAGUAUUAACUUUUAAUGUGUGAAAGCAGGAGAGACGACCAAAGCUUAAGAUGGCCGAACAACAACUAGGAGUGCUGAAGGCACUCGAUCUUGCGAAAACCCAACUUUACCAUUUCACGGCGAUUGUCAUCGCCGGUAUGGGUUUCUUUACUGAUGCCUACGAUCUCUUCUGCGUCUCAUUGGUGACCAAGCUCCUUGGCCGACUCUACUACUUCAAUCCGUUGUCAGAAAAGCCUGGCUCACUUCCCCCUCAUGUCGCGGCUGCAGUCAAUGGUGUGGCUCUCUGUGGGACCCUUGCCGGUCAACUCUUUUUCGGAUGGCUCGGUGACAAGCUUGGAAGGAAAAAAGUGUAUGGUAUCACUUUGAUUAUGAUGAUCCUGUGUUCUGUUGCUUCUGGUCUGUCUUUCGGUGACAAAGCCAAGGGUGUCAUGACCACUAUCUGCUUCUUCAGGUUUUGGCUGGGAUUCGGUAUUGGAGGUGACUACCCUCUCUCUGCCACCAUCAUGUCUGAAUACGCAAACAAGAAGACUCGUGGGGCUUUUAUCGCGGCAGUGUUCGCCAUGCAAGGCGUCGGUAUCUUAGCCGGAGGUUUUGUGGCAUUAGCAGUCUCUUCCAUUUUCGACAAAACUUUUCCAGCUCCGUCCUAUGCAGUCGACAGGGCUCUCUCCACGCCUCCUCAAGCAGAUUACAUUUGGCGAAUCAUCGUCAUGUUUGGUGCUCUACCCGCAGCCUUGACUUACUAUUGGCGUAUGAAGAUGCCCGAAACUGCUCGUUACACCGCACUGGUGGCCAAGAACAUCAAGCAGGCUACACAAGACAUGUCCAAGGUCCUACAAGUGGAUCUUGAGAUGGAGGAAAGAGCAGAGGAUUUCAUCAAAGACCCCAGACUAAACUAUUGCUUGUUCUCCAAGGAAUUUGCGAAACGGCAUGGUCUUCCCCUGCUCGGAUGUACAUCCACUUGGUUCUUGCUUGACGUUGCCUUCUACAGCCAAAACUUGUUCCAAAAAGAUAUUUUUUCGGCUAUCGGUUGGAUCCCUAAGGCAGAAACCAUGAACGGAAUCAACGAGGUUUACAUGAUUGCUCGAGCACAAACUCUCAUAGCAUUCUGUAGUACUGUACCCGGCUAUUGGUUCACAGUUGCGUUUAUUGAAAUUAUGGGAAGGUUUGCUAUCCAGCUGAUGGGAUUUUUCAUGAUGACCGUCUUUAUGUUUGCCAUUGCCUUCCCUUACGACCACUGGAUCAAACCAGAGAACCGUAUUGGAUUUUUGGUUAUGUACUCCCUCACAUUCUUCUUCGCCAAUUUUGGACCAAACGCAACCACCUUCAUUGUACCCGCUGAGAUAUUCCCGGCUAGGCUAAGGUCCACAUGCCAUGGUAUAUCAGCCGCUACAGGAAAGGCUGGAGCCAUUGUAGGAGCUUUUGGGUUUUUAUACGCAGCUCAGCCCCAAGACAAGACCAAAACGGAAGCAGGAUAUCCACCGGGCAUUGGAGUCAAGAAUUCUCUCAUCAUGCUUGGUGUCAUUAACUUCAUUGGUAUGCUCUUCACUUUUCUUAUCCCUGAGCCCAAGGGUAAGUCUCUUGAAGAGCUGUCCGGUGAAUCAGAAGUCAGGAAAUCAUUAGGCAGUCAUAAUGUCGUAUUUUCUACCAGUUCAUGUUAAUUAAGUUUUCUUUUGCAAUUUUUCUGGUUUUCGCGAUGGGCGAUGUGAUAUUUGGAAUAAUGCACGUCUAUACUUUUUUUUUGUGACCAUAUAUGAUCAGUCCCCAUAUACGGUCAAUAGAUACUUGGUCAUUGUUAUGUUUAUACUUCCAUUUACAUGUCUACCUCUUUCAUACUUACUAAACAUAUUAAAACCAUUUGAAACAUUAAUUUUACAUAGCUAAUCGAGUCUCCACGUAAAAGCAUCUUUUUAAGCUCAAAAUAAGGUUACAAGAGAAACUAAUAAAAAUAAUUUAAACUUUUUUUUGAGCAAACAAUAAUUUAAACUAUAUGAUACAAUACAGACAUAAAUAUAUUCUUGGUAUGAAAAGGAUCUAUUGAUUUAAUCUCUUGAUUUAAACAUAUAUACUAUGGACAUAUGGUGGAAACUAAGUCCAAUAAUACAUGAACUUAUAUAUGAAAUUAAAUUCAUAUGUAUAUGUUUUUCCAAAUAUCCUAUGUUUUCGAAUAUGCUUUAUUUUAUUUAUGAUUUUAACUAUUGCUAAAUAAUAAUUAAUCUUAUGACUAUAUGUAUCCAGUUUGCAGUCUCAAAUGUCAACAGUUAAGAGUUGAACGAUUCGACUACAAAAAAAAAAGAUAAAGAAAUUCGUAACUUCUCGACGAUGGUGGUAUUAAAACUCCUUAUUUUAAUUUAAGAAAAUGCAUUUAUAUAUUGCAAAUAACAAUAACUGCAUAGUUUAAUCAAAUAUACAUAUAUACAAUAGUUGGAAACUAAAAACUGAAAUGAACAUUUAAAAAAAAAAUAACUUUGCUUUCAUCUAUUUACAUUCUCAGCAAAAAAAAAAAAAACGUUGUGAUCAACAGAAUUGACAUUAUUUACGUAGCGAGUUCACAUUCAUUCUCAACAUUUUUAUAGAAAUGGACAUAAAAUACUAGAGUUUUUGCAAUACUAUGCCAUUACUUAUUAACUAUGCGAUAGUGCUUUCCAAAACUGAAUGUAACCGAUUUUGAUACAUAAUUAUCGUUAUGUGUAGAACAUUUAAAUAGAAAUAUAUUUAUUACAUUUCGAUAUGUUCGACCCACUGUCAUCUUUAUACUCUUGAAUCUGCAUAGACUGUAGAGAUAUACAAAGGUUGUUCUUCAAUAUAUAGCUGGUGUCCUGUAUACUGUAUUUGCUCAUAUACAUGAUCUUUCUUUAUCAUCAUUUUUAUCAAUCAAGGCUAAGAGUAGGACUACCCCUUAAUUUAACUCCGAAAUAAAUCUCUUCUUUGUUUCUUUUUUUAAAGACAAUUUAUUGUCUAUCUUUCAUUUAACUCGGUAAAAAUAUACAACCAAUAUAACCGUUGAGAGGCUAAAAAGAAAGACCAACGAAGCCAUGAAUGAAUGUUACUAUCAAGCCGGUGACAUUAGG